AUGGACGAGCGGGGGCCCCCCGAGGUGCCGCUGAUAGUGACCCCCCCGGGGGGCGCGGCGCUCACCACGUCGCGGCGCAUCAUGUCCGCGCGCGGCUCCCGCGACGAGCCCCCCUCGACCUGGCGCUCGUCGGUGCGUGUGCGCGACACCGGUUUCCGCGGCUCGCGCAAGAGCGUCGUACGCCUCGAACCGCCCUGUAACGGUCUCAACGGGCUGCCCGCCAUCGGCAAGGAGGUAUUAUCACUUGGCGCAACGGGGGGCCACAAGGGGACCACACAACCGUCCCAUCCCUGGACAAUCCUCCACCAUUCUCCUUAUAAGGCCGCUUGGGAUUGGUUGAUCCUUAUAUUGGUCAUCUACACCGCGAUAUUUACACCGUAUGUGGCUGCCUUCCAACUGAACGAGCCCGAUUUCGACAAAAGAUCGCGCAGCUUCGGAGAGGAUCCAAUAGUCGUUAUCGACAUGAUAGUGGACGUGACGUUCAUAAUCGACAUCCUUAUAAAUUUCCGUACGACAUACGUUAAUGCGGCGGAUGAAGUUGAAUCGGAUCCGGCGAAGAUCGCCAUGCACUACUUGCGCGGAUGGUUCAUCAUUGACCUGGUGGCUGCGAUACCCUUCGACCUUCUUCUCUUCGGCACCAACACCGAUGAACAGGGGCUGGAAAGUGAUGAGACCACGACUCUCAUCGGUUUGCUGAAAACAGCAAGGCUGUUGCGACUCGUGCGUGUCGCACGCAAAAUUGAUAGGUACUCGGAAUAUGGCACUGCCGUCCUACUCCUCCUUAUGGCCACAUUCGUCCUUUUUGCCCAUUGGCUUGCGUGUAUUUGGUACGCAAUCGGAAAUUGGGAGAGACCUCAACUACAAGCUCCUAUUGGCUGGUUGGAUGCUCUUGCAAAUGACGUACAAGCGACAUACUAUAACUCUACGGGUCCUUCAAUGAGGUCACGUUACAUCACAGCUCUAUAUUUUACUUGCACCUCUCUUACCAGUGUGGGUUUUGGUAACGUGGCGCCUAACACCGAUAUGGAAAAAGGAUUUACGAUAUUUGUUAUGCUUCUUGGAUCGCUUAUGUACGCUAGUAUAUUUGGUAAUGUGUCUGCGAUAAUACAACGCCUUUACUCGGGCACUGCUCGUUAUCAUACGCAGAUAUUGAGAGUGCGUGAAUUUAUAAGAUUUCAUCAGAUCGCAAAUCCCUUACGGCAAAGAUUGGAGGAGUAUUUUCAACACGCUUGGAGCUAUACCAAUGGAAUUGAUACUUCUAGUGUACUGAAAGGUUUCCCGGAGUGCCUUCAGGCUGACAUCUGUUUGCAUUUAAAUCGAAACUUGUUAGCAAAUUGUGCUGCAUUUGAAGGUGCCAGCCCAGGUUGCUUGAGGGCCCUUUCGUUAAGAUUUAAAACUACACACGCACCACCUGGAGAAACCCUGGUCCACCGUGGAGAUGUUUUAACAUCAUUAUAUUUUAUUUCAAGAGGAUCAAUCGAAAUUUUAAAAGACGACAUUGUCAUGGCCAUAUUAGGAAAGGACGACAUCUUUGGCGAAAAUCCUUGCGUCUACUCGAGCGUGGGACGGAGUAACUGUCGUGUUCGCGCCCUAACAUACUGCGACUUGCACAGAGUGCAUCGUGACGACUUGUUGGACGUCCUCGACAUCUACCCAGAGUUCCGCUCCACGUUCGUCAACAACUUGGAGAUCACGUACAACAUGAGAGACGAGGAGCUGGGUGGUAUUGAGCCUCGACGCCGAAUGCGAUACGAAAAUCCUUACGACGCGCGUCUCCUGCGUGAAGCCUACGCACGCAAUGCGCGUCGCCAUCACGCAGAAACUUUUGCUGAUAAGGACUCGCAGUGCAGCGAUGAAGACACAGAGUCACCAGCCAGUCGAGGCAUUCUCGAAUUUUCGGCGGACAAAGCUGGACAAGACGUCACACCUCUCAACUUUAACUUCAGCAAACAGCGUUCCACGACUCUAAAUUCUAUAACGGGCAUGCUAGCGCAACUUAAACGGAGCUUCCCAGACCUCUACCACCAUAAAACGCAUCAGCCGCUACACAACAAAUACUCGCAAUCAACACCGCAAACGUAUCGCGGCCGUGCCAGCGUGCGACGCCAGUCGUCAGUAGGGCCUCUGAACGAUACCUCACCGCUGACGGGCGGCGCAGCUGCCGACGAGCCGGCCGUGAGCACGCCAGCGCACAGUGCAACACUGCCCGUUUCCAGUCUUAGCACGAACCCCAGCUCGUACUACACUAACGCGUCGCCGAGUCCCCCCGCGGCGCCGUCCGCCCCCGUCCACGUGUCAUGUGACGACAUACUAGCGCCAUCGAGUCAUCCGCCCGUGGCGCGCACUCCUUCCUGCCGGUCGGCACCACACUCCGCAAUUAAUCUACAACAAGCAGGUCGCCCCACUGCUCUACCAUUUUCUGCAGAAAAAGCCCAGAAUGGUACUAACGCACAGGAUGUAAUUUCCCCACAAUAUCAAAAUGUGGGUCCUGCCGCGACGGCUGCCUCUGUAGCCACCGUUUUGACGAAAGUAGAAGAGCUCAGUAGGCGGGUGGCGUCGCUUGAGAACGGCCUCACGGCCGACGUACGGCGGAUCUUGCAGCUGCUCCAGGCCCGCGAGCCGGCGUCGACACACAACCCGCAAGCGGCCCACACGCCUUCGCAACCACUACCGAAAGCGUCGCUUUCCGUGCCUCAGGGUGACAACCAGUGGGAGUGGAAUUGGAACGGGGAGCGGGAGCGCAACUCGGCGCGACAGGGGCGGGGAGAGCGCGCGCCGGGCGUGCAGCGCUCGGCGUCGGAGCCGCACGCGCCCGUGCCGCCGGCGCUGCCGCCGCCGCCGCACUCGCACUCUUUCUACAGCGGCUCGUCGAGCCCGCCGGAGCCGCCCGCGUCCGCCACCAGCGGCACGCGCGCCCCCGCGCCGCGCGCUCGCUUCCACUUCUGCCGGCGCAUCGCGCGCGUCCCUCACCCACACGCGCGCACCUUCCUG